GUGAGAUUUGGUGAUCCAUUCAAAGAUUUUCAUCAAAAGAUUAUUCUGUUUAUUGAGCAUGAAAUCCUAAUUAACGAUCACCUACUGCUAGCAGCGCGUUUGGAUACGAACAGGAAGAUCAAUUUCUGGUCAUGACAUCAAUAACAGUUUCUCCAUCCUCCUCUAUCAAAAGUUCCUCCUCUCGUUUAUGCCCCUACAUUUCUUCAUCCGAGAAAUGUUCAUCGACAAAAAUCCAGUCUUUCCUCCAAUUCAAUAAUGGGCGUAUGAAGAGCUCUGUUCGUCUUAAGACCUCUGUUCCUCUUAAGACAGUGGCAUUUUCAAGUAACAACGAUGUGUCCAAUGUUGUGAAUAAUAAUGCUCCUAAAAAGGUCACGGGAAAUCCCAUUGUUGUGAUCGACAAUUAUGAUAGCUUCACUUAUAAUCUCUGUCAGUAUUUGGGGGAGUUUGGGUGUACAUUUGACGUGUACCGGAAUGAUGAGCUUACGGUGGAUGAACUGAAAAAGAAAAAGCCAAGGGGGAUUUUGAUAUCUCCUGGACCUGGAGCACCCCAAGAUUCGGGAAUAUCAUUGCAAACAGUGUUGGAGCUGGGACCAACUGUACCAUUGUUUGGUGUAUGUAUGGGGCUGCAAUGCAUAGGAGAAGCUUUCGGAGGGAAAAUCGUGCGCUCUCCUUUUGGUGUAAUGCACGGAAAAAGUUCACUUGUGUACUAUAAUGAGGGAGAAGAAGAGGGCUUGUUAGCAGGCUUGUCUAACCCAUUUACUGCAGGUAGAUAUCACAGCCUUGUGAUUGAAAGGGAAAGCUUUCCCAGUGACAAACUCGAGAUAACUGCUUGGACCGAAGACGGGCUGGUAAUGGCUGCUCGUCACAAAGAAUACAAGCAUCUCCAGGGAGUACAAUUCCAUCCUGAAAGCAUUAUCACAAGUGAAGGCAGAACAAUUGUUGGCAAUUUUAUAAAGUUGAUAGAGAAAAAGGAAGCUGAAACUCAGAAGUAGCGUUCAUGCCGACUCAUCCUCCGUCUUGUCAAAACUCAAAAAUAUGAUCUCCAAGUCCACGACGUACACAAAAGUUUUCUUCAACAACAAAAAAUCAAAUGCGGGUUCUUGGACUGGUUGAAUAUAUGCAUCAGUACUACCUCCCCCAAUUUCAUUGAAAAUGGAAGAAAAUUAUGAUAAAUUCCUUGUAUUACAAUUACCUCCCCUAUUAUUUGAAAGUGUUACCAGGUGACCCCUGUAGUUUGCCUUCUCCUUUUGUUCCCCUAAAUUCUUUUUUGGUCCGCAUAUUAUCAUAUCCCCUUGGGCCAUUAAUCGGAUAAAUUUACUGAGUACUGACCAAUCAUCAACCAAAAUUAUAUCUACAACUUUUAACUGCACAAAUUUCCAAAGUAAUUCACUGCAACUUUCGAAAAGGAUGGGUUUCUCCGCUCGCAAUCCCCGGGGAAAUUGAAGAUGAAUUUGAGUUGGGAAAAUUUGUACGCUCAUCUUGAAGCAUUUUGCUAAAAAAAAAUAAUGAUUUGUGUUGUUCUUAACUCAUUAAAAUUUUUAGAGAUGAUACUUGAAUUCCAAUGGGAAAAAAAAAAACAUAUUUUCACAUAACACAUAAAGCUCAAAGCAGAACAUAAACAAGAAUAUAUACAUAUAAAAAAAUGCAAAACUGAAUGUAUGAAAUACUGUAUAACAUAGUUACAUAGUAUGAUCCACACAAAAUAGUAAAAUUUUGAUUACCCUGUUUCUAGUUUCAAUAAACAAUGUAAAAAUGCUCAUCAUUUUCCUUUAUUAUCUUCUCUUGUUAUGGUAUGCACAGGGGAAAAAACCUCAGAAUGAAGCUCCAAAAACUUGACUGAGUAAUGAUAUAUAUUUUUCACAGUGCAGAGAGGUAGAGUAAGCUUCAUUUAGUCAAAGGAUGCCGCCUCCCCUCGACUCGGCCGGCUGCUCCUCUGGUGUCGCUUACCCCGCUGGCGGCGAACCACGCCUCCAAAAGUCACCGGAUCAAAUUUGCGGAGGCGUUGGGAUUCCUUAGGAUCAAUGACACACUCAGAUGGAGGAACCUUGUACCUAACAUGGUCAUAGCAGUAUGAGUAUUGCAUAUGCUUCUGCCUGAAACUCUCCAUUUUGGUUCUUUGUUUAGGCGUAAUUCGAGUAGGGAUGGAAGAAUCAUCAUCCGAAUUCGGAACAACAACAUCGUUGCCACCACAUUGUGAUGAUGACAGUUCAAUAGGAUCAACAGCACAACCAUGGAGCACAAAAUCUGAGAAUUUGGCAGUGUAGGGUGCAUAUUUGUAAUUUAUCCUGUAUUUCCCACCAUUGGUAGCCCAAUCUGACCCAUCCCAAAUGGUGGCAUAAACAGACAUUGGCUUUGAUGGAAAGUCCCCACCCAUUGAUGCUGUCCUUUUGAUCUCUCUUAUGGGGACAUUAUCUACAUAAAAGCUGCAACAAAACAAACAACAACAACACAGCAAUAUCAAAACCAAACAAAACAAGAUCAACCCUCCAAAAGUUAUAAUGCAAAUAAAGAUCAAGUAUGGACCAAGUUCCAUAAUUGUUUGAAGUGGAAAGAGGUUGGAAAAAAAAUAAUAAAAAAUUACUGCAUUCCUAAACCCACCAUAACUGCUAUUCAUCAUAUUGAGUGAGAACCAGAAAAACCCAAGUUCAUAAAACAGUCAGAUGAUUAAUAGUACCCUACAGGGGAAGUAUAACAUCCAAAAGCAGAGCAUUUAAGAAAUUCAAGUGUACUGAAUUGGUCAAGUCAAAUUCUCCAACGGAUGAAACAUAGUUAUUGGCUUAUUGCUCAUAAUUAUUCUUGACAAAACCAAAAACAAGAAUUUAUGGCUGAAUUAACGAAUUUUAGCCAGAAUUAUAACAAAUCCUAAUAAUCACAAACAAAGGAACCAUUUGGACAGAAUUAGAACAGAACAAUCCUAAUAUUCACAAUAAAAGGGGGAGGGGAUAGAAUUUUUAUUUCUUACAUGAUCUGAUCCUCGGUCCAGAGAAUACUGUAUUGGUGGAAAUCAUCAGAAGGAUCAAACCAAAGUCCAUAUCUCUCUUCUCGGCCAGCAUUUGUACUUCCGUUUCCAUAAAUAUUGGUCUGAAUUCUCCAGUCUUUACCUCGUAUAUUUCCCAAGAACUCAAAAUCAAUCUCGUCAUGAUUUUUCUCAAACAAGUCAGCAUUAGACAUCUGAAAUCAUCAAAGAAGACAGUUUAACAGACAUUAUCACUUUUUUAACUCUAAUAAAACACUAUUCAAAACUGAUGAAGAACGCUCCUCCCGUCAAAUAGAUAAAUCUCAUAUCUUGUACCCAUCAAAAUUUGCAUGAAGCAGUGAUCAGUGGAUGAAAUUCACUCACAUAGAAUGCGACAACUACUCCUGCUGUAUAAUCAGAUGGAAGCUUCAAAGAAGCGCUGAAAAACCCAUGUAAGUAAAGGUCUUGUGACACAAAUCCUGAACCUGUGAUCAACACCAAAAAGCCACAAAGCCUAUUAUAGAGUAAAGGUUUUGUGAAAUAAAAAAGAUUGCAACUUUAAUGAAAACAGAGGAAAUUAUAUUAUGAGAAAGGAAAAGGAUCACACUAAAAUUUAGCCGGAAUACCUGUUCUUUCAUCCAAAGAGAGAUGAACGGAUUUCCCAUCCUUAAUCAACACCAGAUUAUCAGCACCAAAAAGUUGCGAGUACCCUUCAUCAAAUGAAACAAUCGGAAGAUUUCUCGACGACCCACACACCAAUACCACAAAAGAGGCUAAAAUAAAAAAUCCCACAUGAUAGUUCACCAUUUUCUCCAAUCCCUUUUCUUUAAAAAAGGGACACUUUUCACUGGUUUUCCUCUUCUGAAUAUUCAAUAAUCAGUUUUGCAGAACAGAACAAUUGUCCCCUGUUUUUUCUUUUCAGUCUCAGAAAGGAAGUGCUGAGAGAGAGAGAGAGAGAAAAGAUGGUGGUGAUGAAGAGAGACUCGAAGGAGAGUGAGCAGGGAAGUCCAAUUUCUACAGAAAUUGAGAAAGUGGGGGAAAAAAAAAUGGCAAAUUGGGAAGAGGAGACAAGAGGGGUGAUUUUAUUGGGUGGUGAGAGUGCAAAGGUGGCAAGGUUUUCAAUGCCAACUUUAUAAAUGAUGAAAUUUGUGUGUUGUGCAAAUCUAUUG